GGCCUGAACCCCUAUGCAGCCAGCAACUUUGUUUCCAGGCCAAUCAAGUGAUUAAAUAUGGCAGCCGAAGCGCAGACGAGAGUGCAACGUGCUCUGGAAGAUUCAUUAGAUAAGUUAGAAAAGGAAAAACUUAGACCACUUUUGUAUCGAGCACAUACCGAAAGCGCAAGAUGUUGCCAAAAUCAGAUUAGCUCAAAAGAACAACUAGAGCAGUGCAUGCAUGGUGCAUUUCAACCUUCUCAGCACGCACAACAAACAAUCAGCAGAGAAUUAAAUCAAUUUCAGGAUCGACUAAGUCGCUGUGCACAGCAAUGUCAAGAUCAUGUACAAGACAAAAUAACUGUGAAUACCACGGCUGCCGAUAGUUCGAAACUUCAAGGAGAACUUGAUAGUUGUAUCGUAAAAUGUUGCGACACUCAUAUCGAACUUUUGCCGAAAAUGAUGAUGCGAAUAAACGAAAGUUUAAAACAAUUUCAAAAUACUACUUAACGAUACUAGAAAGUUAGGCUUGGAAACUGAAUUAGAAUAUAUUUUUAGAACACAUUUAAACAAAA